GACGUAGGCAGCACAUCUGGAUCAGGGCGCUACGGCACGGGCAUCUGCAGAGGAUGUCCAAAGGCUUGCGAGGGGCCCUGGCCAAGCUGCAGUCGCACGGCAUGUGGACCCCAGCUCGGAGGCAGGAGGCAGGAUACACAGACGACGCGGUGUGCGAGUUCUGCGGACACACCCCAGCGGACCUGGAGCACGAGUUGUUCUAUUGCUCGGUGCACGAGGCGCAGGGGGAUGGGGAGCACAGCCCGUGCCCCGACGACGUCUUGCAAGUGAGGAAGGGCAUCUGGCAGCAGGGUCAGACGGGCGUGGGCCGGGAGUGGGAUUUCUCGUCGGUCGACCUGCUCUACGCCCUGCACAUGAG